AUGACGUCGGUUCUCCCGUUUGCCGAGAAACGCGCCAGCCGAUCGCAGAGUGCGCCAGCAGCCAUUCGCUUGCACACGGGCCGUCGUGUGACUCAUUUCUCAUUGGUACGCUCUGUUUUCAGCCGUUGCAGUCGUUUUUUCAGGAUUCUCUGCCGUUUUUGUAGGUUUUCAGGUACUGGUAACGAUAUCAUAAUUUCAUUUUUCGUUUGCUCCGUCAAUUUUUGAUUAGAUUGUCUGAAAAUCGAUAGUCAUGCGGAAAAUCUUCGAUUUCUGAAUUUAUUUCUCUCGUACCCGUCAAAAUCUUUGUUUUUUCCAGGAUGCCGAACUCUUCGAGCACUUCGCAACCGGCGAACACGGGCAGCGAGACGGCGUCGACGUCUUACGUAAACUGUGAGUACUCCGCUUGCUCUUAUCACAGCAUCAAACGAAAACGCUUAUCAUUCCGGCGGCGCGAUGUAUUUCGACAACACGUUUAUUAACUUGGUUCAAUUUCAGACGUCGAGAUGAGCGCCGAGCAGGAAUAUUUCCUGUACGAGCUGGAGACGACGGACUCGGGAAGCAUGGGCCUUGUCCUCCGUGCGAUCUACGACACCGGCGACGUGCAGAAGUUUGCCCGUGCUCUCCAGCAAAGAAUCACGCACUACGACAAGAACAUUCAGAAGGUGUGCUCGUUCCACUAUCAGUCGUUUGUGGACGCGAUGCAGGAGCUCAUGGUGCUCAAGGAGCAGUGCCAGGAAAUAAAGGAAGAGAGCGUGGCGAUUGACGAGGAAGUGCAGGACGCAAGCAAGCGACUCUGUCAGAAGAAGGAAGAAAUUGUCCGCUACAGGUGAGAGACUUUGGUAGUUUACGACGUCAGAAUCGACAUCUGAUUGAGCUGCGGUUGAGAGAGGGGCCACACACGAGCAGUUCUUUUUCUGGUCUUGCUGAAAUUACACAUUAUCUUUUUCAUUUCAGAAAACUAAUGAAAAACGCAAAAACCGCUAUGGAUCAAAUUGCCGUCUGCCUUCCGGUCCUCGAAAACUACGCCAAACUCCAAGACCAGAUGAAGAGCAGAAAGUACUAUCAAGCGCUCAAAACUCUGGAAGAGCUCGAGCACACCCACCUCGCGCUUGUGGAAAAGUAUCGGUUCACUCAAGUUCUUGCAAAGAGCAUGGCGCCGGUCCGACUGGAAAUCAAAGAGAAGGCCUACUCGGAGUUCAAGGAUUUCUUGGAGAAUAUCAAGAAAGUUGCGGGGCGGAUUGGCAAACACGCCAGCAAGGAUGUGAGUGAAGUGAUCCGGUCGGCGACACGAAUUUCCACUUUCAGACGGCGGAGCAGCAUUCGUUCGGAGUCACUGAUGCCGAGAGAGCAAAGAAGAUCCAAGAAGAAGCUCGGAAGUAAGUUUGGUGGCCAUCAUUCGAAAACGAAGUUGCACAUCGGUAUCCUUCCCAAUACUCUCUAUCCCUUCACUCGGCGCGUUUCACAUAAUACAUAUUUGCGUUAUGCUAAUCUGUCCGACUGAAGCGCAUUGGAGGGAAUGUUUCAAAAAAAGAGGAAGGGAAUAGAGGUCUGUUUGACUAAUAAUUUGGUGGCUGUGCACGUCCGUGUGCUCACAAGUGCAUGUUCGCUCUUAACCCCGGGUAGUAGUUAGAUCUCCGAAGAUUGCUUGGCCAUACUCCCCAGCCUGGACGUAACUCAAAUCAAGAUCAAGUCGGUGCACCACAAGCAUCAAUUCGAUCCACUUUUUUGCUUUUACAGGAACGCCAGCAACGUCGAAAUCGAAGUCUCAGCGGACGGCAGCAUCGUCAAGAAGAACGUGUCUCCGAAACGUGUGUAUACGGCCGAAGUCGACGUGAGUAUCAGAAACACCGGAAAAUUGAAUGAAAACAGAUUUCCGAAUGACAUUUUUCAGGACGAUGAGCAAAUGUCGGCACAGGACCUCAUCGAUUUCACUCCGGUUCACAGAUGUUGCCAAAUCUUCAAUGUGCUCGAGGCAAAGGAAGAAUUCGAACAGUACUACCGGCAACAGCGCAAAGAGCAGUGCGAUCUCGUCUUGGAACCAUCUCAGAAAAUGAACAACUUCAAACACUACGUCGAGUAUCUGGACGAGAUUGUUGGGUUCUUCGUUGUUGAGGAUCAGAUCCUGAUGACUCAAUCGAACCUCUCAACGACGGCCGACAAGGACAAACUGUGGGAGAACGCUCUGCUGAAGAUUCGCCAGAAUCUUGACUCCCGAUUCGUGAGUUGAUCUCUGCCACAGAAUCGCCAAUCCAUCUUCUUCCAAGUUUCAGGGAGGCUGUCCGGAUGUAGAAAUGAUGCUUCGAAUGAAGAAAGUCAUUCUUCUCUUCAUACUGACCAUGAAGUCGUACGGAUAUGCCGUCGCCCCGCUAUACGAGCUGCUGCAAAACUUUAGGUGACGAGGAUAACAGACGAUUGUAAAUCUUUACGAAAUGGUUUGCAGAGAUCAAUACAACGAGAUUCUGGUCAAAGAGUAUUGUGCGCAGUUUGAGAGAGACCUCGACAAGGACAAUUACACUCCGAUCACGGUCAACACGGAAGAAGAGUUUCGUGCGAUCAUCCGGCAGUUCCCGUUCUACAAGAGAAGCAUGGAGCAGGUAAAAAGAGGUUGCUCCGUGCAGCUCUGAUUUAAUGUUGAUUUCAGGAGCCGUUCCCGAGAAAAUUCCCAUUUUCCCGUUUUGUAAUCUCCGCUUACACUCAGGCAAAGCAAUAUUUGAUUGGGUGUCUGAAGUUCAUGGAUAACCUCCAGUUGAACACGUCAGCCGUUGAUGACACAGUCAGAAGGUACGGUGGAUUCCAGUUCCGUGACGUGCAAAGACAUUACACAGUCGAUGACGCGCAGAGCUGUUGCUGGAAAAAAGAAAUUUUAUCGAUCGAUUCCACGCAAUUUCAGAUGUGCCAAUGUCCUCCUCGGUCGAUGGGCAGGCAUCCUCAAGUCUUUCGUCCACAAACGACUCUCGAUGAUCCAACUCGUUCAAAUUACCAUCAACCUCGGAUACUUGGAGAAGUCUUGCGAGAGCCUCGGCGCUUUCAUCACGAGCAAAACGAGCGGAGAAGAGGUCAUCGGUACGACCUCCCAUCAAGUGGUGCUCUCCGAGAAAGUCUUCCGGGAUGCGAGAAGUGAGGUCGAACAACAAAUCGACGAAUGUAUGCGUAGCAAAGUGGACGAGAUCAUCGAACUGGCCAACUACGAUUGGGAACUGCCCGCCGCUGCUGGACAAGCCUCCGACUUCAUCUCUGAUCUCAUCAACUUCCUGCAGACGACGUUCACUUCGUUCACCAACUUGCCGUCCGGAUUGGCAAAGCACGUUUGUACUCAGACGUGCAAACACAUCUCUCAGUCGAUGACAGACUUCCUGUUGUCGCCGGACACGAAAUGCAUCUCGACAGGAGCACUCGAUCAGUUUUCCUUGGACGUCAUGCAAUGCGAAAUGUUCACGACGAGAUGUCCGGUUGCCGGAGUAGACCCGCAGACGUUGUCGAUGACUUUUGCUGACCUCAGGUACCCGGGACUGUCUUCGCAAUGAGAAAUGUAAUGCUGCUUUCAGACAACUUCUGGACCUGGUCAUGUCGUCCGACUGGACUACAUUCAAUGCCGAGUACGGAAAGGAUCACGCUAAGUAUCUGAGAGUGAAAGCAUCCACUGCUAUUGUGGUUUUGGAGAAGUAAGUGUUCAGGUUCCUGAUGAAAAUACCUUCUAUUCUCUGCAGAAUGAUUGAAUUCGAGCGUCGCAGCACGGGCUUCUUUGGAAUUGCCAAGGGAGAUCGCAAGAAACUGCUCGACACAAUCGUCCGUCAGCUGAAAACGCUCGAAAUCUCCUAA